ACGGCGAGCUCAACAAGGUUAGUCCGUGAACUGGUCAGCGAUGCACCGACGCCUAACGGGGCUUCGAUGAUCCUCAGCCGCAGCGGCAACAUCUCCGCCAGCGCAACCCUAACCCCUGUUCUCUAAGACGUCAGAGCUUUUGGCACCCCGAGCGUGAACAGUCGCAAUGUGGUGGAGUCGGCGACGUCCAUGACAGGCUUGCCUCGAUGCGGCUUCGCGUACGGAAUAUUCUGUCCUAGUCUCCGAUUCGGAAGCUGCUCUUCAUCUUCCGUGUGCGGGGGGAGGUUUAUUAAAACGCCGGUUUGGUUUGUCAUCUGCCUGGGGAACAAGAGAAUUUACUCGGGAAUUGCGCUUUUUCUCGGCGCCACACUACAACCCUCGCUGCCGUCACAGUCGAUAGCAUUGUAUAUACCUACCAAGAUGCCCGUCUACUGCGUCACCGGCACGAACCGCGGCAUCGGACUCGAAAUCGUCCGGCAGCUGUCGCAGUCGAGCGACAACACCAUCAUUGCCACCACGCGGUCUCUGUCCUCGGACCUCACCGACCUCAAGGCCGUGGCGUCAUCAUCGACGCACAUCCUCGAGUGCGACACGGGCGACGUGGCAUCCAUCCGGUCCUUCGUCAAGGAGGCCGCCCAAACCCUCGGGGGCGACAAGAAGAUCGACUUUCUGCUGAACAGCGCCGGCGUCAACCUCGCCUCCUGGCAGAGCUCGCUCACCCUUGGCCCGGACGAGCUGCACACCCAAAUUUCCAUCAACGUCAUCGGCCCCGCAAAGAUGGUCGAGCUGCUGCUCGACGCCGGCUUACUCUCCCGAGAUGUCCGCAUCCUUAACAUGACUUCGGGCUUGGGCAGCAUGCAAAGCAGCUUGGGGAUAAAGCCCCGCAAAUGUGCUGGAUACUCCAUCUCCAAGGCAGGUCUCAACAUGUUGACGGUCCACCAGAGCGAGGACCUCAAGCAGCAUCUGCCCGGUGCCGUGGUCAUCUGCAUGGAUCCCGGCUGGGUCAAGACGAGGAUGGGCGGUGAGGGCGCUGUGCUUGAGCCGCACGAGAGCGUUGGAGGCAUACUGCGCGUUCUGCAUGCGUUGAAGCCCGAAGACACUGGCAGCUUCUACCUGUACAACGGCGAAAAGUGCCCGUGGUAAAAACGGCUGGACCGGGGGUGGGAAGGGGGUAUUAACGGGUUACU